GAUGCAUGAUUGGUAGCAGCAUCAGCACGAUAGGGGGAUUCCUCCAGUGGCUAUGGGCCGCAGCCUAGUGCUAUUAUGUAUUUGAUAAUUGGAACUUCCCCAUUCCAUAUCUACCCUUCUCCAUACUCCAAUUUCAGCCUUCAAUUCAAUAUACCUGAACAGCUUAGCCAGGUCACCGAUACAAACAUCACCGACGAAACCCAGAAAACUGACAACUAUAGCGAAUACAGCUAGAGCAUCACAUCCGAAGUCACAGUUCGUAAUCAUCAUCCAUCUUCAAUUACCCCAUCUAGCAACCUCUACAGGCGCGAUUGCAACACACGCCUUGUGCCACACUAUGGCGAACCAGCAUGGAAAAAUUCGCAGUCACCCGAUCCAUCUCCAAUACACAAAAGGAACUCGAAGAAUUAGUUGUCAACGCACCACUUCCACCGGAUCUACUCAAGUUCAAGAUCGAACCUUUCCUAGUCGUGCCUACCAGUACGCAAGAUGAAUGCGACGCUGCUAGACUUCGGCUUCGUGGUAUUCUCGAUAUGUCUUAUUAUGAAUUUCCUCCCGGUUACCCAACGACGUGUGAAAUGGAGGGGUUUAGAGAGGAUCUCCAGAAUCAAUUGGGUUCCAAAGUCGAGAAUCGAUUCAGGAAAAUCUACUAUGGAUUUCCGGGGGGGCGGGGGGAUAAAAGAGCUGAUACGAUGGAGAGUAAUGUAGCAAGAUAGGAUUUACUGGAUUUGCUGGGAGAGAAUGAGAAACUUCCGAGGUGUUCAAUAGAUUUUGGCCAGUUGGAGAGUGGGAAAUUCGCUCUAUGCCGAGUGGGAGUUAUGGUGAUGGGUUGUAGAUUUGAGUACGAAAUAAAUAAAUAAAUAGACCUCACAAGAUAUCAGCCUGUGAUAAUGAGUAUUCGUCGACGAGGAAGUCUCA